GGUUAUUCCAGUGGAGUCAACGGAUAUUCAAGGCGUUUGUGUGUCAUUGUGGCUCGUAUACCAUGACUUCAUCCUCGCCUGGCUUGAGUGAAGCCAUUUCAUCACCACCACAACAAGACAUAUCAACCAGCAGCUCCACGAAUAAGCAUCUCUCUUAAUAUGAGUCAACUUCUUAGACAAAGAUCUCACUGCGGCCGUUACCGAAACAGCAAUCGAAGAUAUCACAUCACUUCGAUCUCCUUGACCGAGCUCAGACGUCAUGCUAACAACGCCACACCUACAUAUUGACACCGUCGAUAGUAUCUUAGCGUCUCGGCUACAUCUUUAUUUCAAGAGCCCCUUGUCUGUGAGGCUCCAGGAACAGCCUUAAUCCCACGUGCCAUUGAAGCCACCCGAUCGGGCGACCGAAGUGCCCGACAUCAUGAGACGAUGUGUCAGAGGUCAAGACAGUUUUUUGACUUGGUGGGUGCCUCUUUCGAAACUCGUGACUGUUGCAGUGUAAAGUCUAUCAAGGUCGCAAGGAAAAGAAGCAAAAGUGUUGAUGGCGAGGUUCUCUGAUUUCUUUCAAUUCGGGGGUGGAAGCUACCAGACAUAUUCUACUAUGACUAUAGAAGUUUAAGCUUCGCUGAAAAUGAUCAGAAUCAGCCAUUCUUAUCGUGCGACCUGUCAGAGAUGUUCAGCCCAGGCACCUCUAAAUCGUAAAUGAAGCAAUCACCACUCCAAAAGAUACGUACCUCUUCAUCCCGAUCAUUCUCCACUUUGUGACCGAUCAAACAUGUCAAUCUAACCUCGGCCCGUCUCUUCCCCGAUCUGCAUCACUUCCUCUAUCAAUUCGCCAUCGCAUUCUCAAUAUCCAAACCAUACUCGAUUCCACCAAACAACCACCCACGCCUCAAAGAACACACAAACACAAGCAACUAUGUCACGCCUUCUCCCCCGCCGCAUCCUCCUAACCCCCCUCCGCACAACCCGCUUCUCCUCAACCUUCCAAACCCGCCCAUCACCACCAAAACUCCCCGCCGACCAACAAGCGGAAUUCGAGCGUCUCCAGCGCGCAGCCUCCGUAUCAUCCGCCUUCCAGCCCGAAGAAACCACAGCCGCUGCCACCACGCCUGCCACGUCGCAGGUUCGUCACACGACUACGCCCGAAAAGACAGAUGAUGUAAAUAUUGGCUUGUUCCGUGGCGCGCCGCCUGAGUUUGAGGGUGAUACGAAUCCCAAGACUGGCGAGGUUGGGGGGCCAAAGAAUGAGCCUUUGAGAUGGGGCGGAGAGGGCGAUUGGUCUUACAAUGGACGAGUUACGGACUUCUAAAUGUCAUCGAAGCUGUGUCUACAAAAGGGAAAUUGGGUUCAACAUGUGGUGGCGACUGUACAAAAUUGUAUCAAAACUAGACGGGGCGGCAUAGACUCAAAGGCCAACGCCUUCUGAUUAAACUUGUUAUUAUCAUAAGAGGGGUAUUCUGAUGUUACAAGACCUUGGUUUCUCUGCCUUGCAAUGCAAUGACACCAACGCCUU